AUGAUCCGCCUUAGUGGUGAUAUGGGACACUUUGUGAGAGAUUGCCCUAGGACCAGACGUGGUGGCUUGCAUAAGAGUUCUCAGGCUUUGACUUCCAGGGCUGCACAACCUCCAGCUAGGGGAGGUGUACAGAGUGGCAGAGGUGGUUCUCAUUCAUGUAGAUGUGGUUCUUCUUCUGGUCGAGGUGGUGGUCGUGGAGGUUCACAAUAUGAGGGUGGUCGUUCUCACUGUUAUGCUUUUCCGGGUAGGCCAGAGGCUGAGGCUUCAGAUGCUGUUAUCACAGGUAUUAUUUCGGUUUGUCAUCGACCAGCUACUGUAUUAUUUGAUCCAGGCUCUACUUAUUCUUAUGUGUCCACAUAUUUUGUUUCGAGUCUGGAUAUAGUAUGUGAGUCUCUUGAUUUGCCGGUACAUGUUUCUACUCCUGUCGGGGACUCUGUAGUGGUAGAUCGGGUGUAUCGAUUAUGCAUAGUUAUCUUGAUGGGAUAUGACACUCAUGCAGAUUUAAAGGUCUUAGAUAUGGUAGAUUUUGAUGUGAUUCUUGGUAUGGAUUGGUUAUCUCCUUAUCACACAAUUUUAAAUUGUCAUGCUAAGACAGUUACAUUAGCUAUGCCUGGAAUUCCUAUAGUAGAAUGA